UUUAAAGAAAACAAUGUAGAAAAAGAUGGUAUAGAGGAAGAUAGUAUAGAAAAAAAUAAUGCAAAUGAAGAUGAUAUAGAAAAAAAUAAUAUAGAAAAAAAUGAUAUAGAAAAAGACAAUAUAGAAAAUAAUUAG